AUGCAGGUGUUGCAGCCAGCUCGAGCUCUAGUGACAGUGGAAUAUGGAGGAUUUCUGUAUGGAGCAGAAUAUGAAACAUCGAAUUACGGAGUCUCGGAUUUUUCCUCAGUGAGCAACCAGCCAAUAGCUUGUGCUGUCUGUGAAGUAGCGGGUGCAGCCACUCUGAUGAUUCCAGCAACAACUAAUUGUCCAGCUGGCUGGAUGACAGAGUAUCAAGGAUAUCUAAUGGCCAACUAUUAUAGUCAUCGAAAAGGUGAAUACGUGUGCGUUGAUAAAAAUCCUGAAAGUGCAUCAAUUGGGAAUUCAAACACAAAUCAAGCUAGGUGGUAUCCAACCGAGACAUACUGUGGUAGUCUUCCUUGUCCUCCUUACACUCAAGAUCGGGAGUUGUCGUGUGUAGUUUGCUCUCCUUCAUUGAAUGUCAGUGGAACUGUCUAUACUCGUUGGGGUCGCACGUCGUGUCCGAAUGAUACUGAGUUGGUCUAUUCAGGUCGUGCAGCAUCAACUCAUACGAGUGAGAGCGGCAGUGGAGCUAAUAACUUGUGUCUCUAUGGCAAUCCUACUUACCUUCAGCAUAAUGACAACCAGCAGCAAGGAGCUCGUAUCUAUGGUAUUCAAUAUUAUACUAAUGGUUAUGGGCUGAGAUCUUUCUACUCAUUGCACCAGCAUCGAGCUCCCUGCUCAGUUUGUCUCAAGUCAACUGCAGAAACAAAUCUGAUGAUUCCUGGUCGUAAUGAUUGCCCUACUGACUGGACUGUGGAGUACAAAGGCUAUUUGAUGGCCAACUACUACAAUCAUCACAAGAUUAACUGGGUUUGUGUUGAUGAGAAUCCAGAAAGUUUGGGGUACUCGCCAUCUGGUCAAGGACGUUGGUAUCCUACUGAGACUGAAUGCGGACGUAUGAAGUGUCAGAAUGGAAUUAAAGGAGCAUAUUAUCAAGAUUGGGAAUUGUCUUGUGCUCUUUGUAGUCCAAGUACAUCUCGAAGAAGCUCAGUGUUUACUCACUGGGGAAGUAACUCUUGUCCAAAUGGAACUAGAACAGUUUAUAGUGGAUUCAUGGGUGGCUCUUACUACAGUUACUCUGGCAGUGGUGCCAAUUUGUUGUGUAUGCAAGCACAGGCAGUUUAUGGUGAACACGAAACGCAGUCUCAAAGUGGUGCUCUGCUGUAUGGAUAUGAAUAUCGGACACGUGGUUAUGGACUUCGCAAUAGUGAAUUUCAAAAUGUUCACAACCGACAGAGAACUUGA